ACACUUUCUCAACCCAGUCGGGCCGUUUCCCCAUUCAGCUCAAUUCAAAGCAUCGACAGUCGCUAGUUCAAGCAUUCCUAAGGAUAAGACCUAUCCUUCAUCAUGGCUAGCAAACGACAAGCAGACAGUGCCAUCGAGUUCUACAAAUCAAGAGCGUUGAAUUACGACGGUACCUGGCAUGAUGACUUCACCAGCCGCUUCAUCUCCUACGUCGAUAUCGAGCCUGGUCAACAGAUACUAGAUCUCGCAUGCGGUACUGGCCUUCUUUCCUUCCUCGAGGCAGAUGCUGUCGGACCAUCUGGGCAGGUGAUCGGCGUCGAUGUCACUCCAUCGAUGCUUGGAGUCGCCCAGUUCAAGCAAAGAAAAGCCGGUGAUAAGUACUCGCAUGUGACCUUCUUGGAAGGAGAUGUGCUACAUCUGGAAGAGCUGGGAGCCCUGAAGGAGAGCACAUUCGAUGUCAUCACUGUUGCCUCUGCUCUUGUCCUAUUUCCAGAUCCAAAGGCUGCGAUCGAGCACUGGUCGCAAUUUCUAAAGCCUGGAGGUAUUAUCGCGUUGGACGCCACGCAUCCAAGAAACCUGGUUGCUGGUAUGGUCCUCGAAAGGGUUGCUCGACGCUUGGACUUGCCGAUGCCUUACAAUAGGUCCUGGAGCAAAUCGGAAUCCUCUUUGAAGGACAUCCUCGAAUCUGCUGGCCUAGAGGUCGAGAAAGUGGUCACCGUGGAAAACCAAGCUGGAUACGGACGGCGAUCAUACGACAUGGAGCAGUGGGACGACUUCUUCGUUGAGAACGUCAUUGUGAAAGACGUUGCAAGGACAUUCGCAAACAACGACAUCAGGAGAAAAGCGCAGGAUGUCUACAAAGAGGAGUGGGAAAAGUUGGCAAUCGAUGGAAAGGUUGAAGAAGUUGACUCUGUGUUCCUUGGAGUGGCGCGUAAACCUGCUGACGGCUCGAGAUACGUACCGAAGACCGUUGGCGAUGGCAUCAUCUUCAAGGGUGGCUGCAGAUGCGGCGGUGUCCAGUACACAUCGACUGCACGACCCAAGGAUAUUGUCCUCUGCCAUUGUCGUGCCUGUCAACAACUAUCUGGAUCUGCCUAUAUUCCGUUCACGGGCGUAUCGAAGAAUGCGCUGGUCUUCACGGAGGAGUCUACCCGUAAAAUUCUGAAGAUCUCGGACAGUGCAGAGCGGUCCUUUUGCUCGAGGUGCGGUGCUCCCAUUACGAUGGUCUACUCCUUCUGUGAAGACGAGGUGUCGUUGACAAUGAGUUCCCUGGACCUAGAAAGUCUGAAGUGCGAACCACCAAUCGUCAAGAGGCACAUCUUCCUCCGCGAAAAAGCGCCCUGGCUCAUGCUGGCUGAGGACGGAGCUGAUCGAUGGGGAACGUCAGAAGACGCACAUCUGAUCCAAAGCAAAUGAACAGGAUCGGUGGCCUGAACGUCAGCGACUGCAAAGUUCAGUGACGUUGGACGUUUCGGUGUUGAGGUUGUGCGAAUUCUGUGAGCUUUAUUUAGACAGCCUCGCAGGCUACGGACUGACGAGUUUUGCAUGCGCAACGACGGCGCAAAACUCUUGCAGAGAACUACUGCAGGUUCCUGGAGCGGGACGCCUCAUUCUAAAGAUGGUCUUGUCUAGAAACCAACAUCAUGGGGCUAUUGGUGCUUUUUAGCGAUGGGAUGCAUGUUGCGGUGAACAGAGAUGACGCGCUUCAGUGGUCCAGCCUCAAAACCUGGUCUGCCAGCCACCUGCCAACCACGUUGUUAA